AUGACAAACCUGAGUGACCACUUCGCGGUGCGCGCGGAGGUCCAAGUGUGUGCGCCCGCGCGCCCGGGACUGCACUCCCGUGUCUCACGGGAACGUGUUGCCUUGUUCGUGGCGACCCUCGACAGUGUAGACUGGUCAGAGAUAAUAACGCGUAGAGGUAUCAAUGCCGACGCCUNAGCCGAGUGCUUCAACGUCAUCCACUUCUGCAUUGGAACCAUCAGCUUCAACUUUUCGGAGAACAACGCGACCAUCAGCAUCCUGAGCCUGGUGCCGAUGGCGGAGGACCACGACCGAGUGCUGGCCUGCCGCGCAGAGAACCCCAGCGUUGCUGACUCCAUGAUCGAGGACCGGUGGCAGCUGAAUGUGCACUUGGAAAGUGAGAGCAGCAAAGACAGUUCUGAUCCCGAAAUACUCACUCCGGAGCCCAAUGACUCGGAUGUCCAUGAAGACUCAAGUGAGUAUGAAACUGAUGUUGGAGAUUCUGAUGAAACUUAUCAUCCACCGUGUUCAGUGAGACGGCAGCAGGAUGUUAACAGCAACAUCACAACUGUAGAAGAGGCUCUGUCAUCACCUCAAGCCACAGAAUGGAAGAAGGCGAUGGAUAAAGAAUACAAUUCAUUAAUGAAAAAUGAAACCUGGAGUUUGACAGACCUUCCACCGGGGAAAAAGGCUCUACCCUACAAGUGGGUAUUCAAAACGAAAACCGACCAGAGUGGAAAUAUCACUAGUUACAAGGCUAGGCUUGGUGGCGCCAUCUCUUGGCGGUCACAUAAACAGCAGACUGUUGCCUUGUCGACAGCCGAGGCCGAGUACAUGUCGAUGUCCUCCGCGACGCAGGAAGCGUUGUGGCUGCAGCAGCUGCACGGCGAGCUCGGCCAGCCGCCGCACGGCCCGCUCAUUAUCUUCAGUGACAACCAGAGUGAAGACAUGAUUGCUGAUAAUUUAACUAAGGGUACUACUGCUGAUAAGCAUUUGUAUUGUACAAAAGAGAUCCACCACAACGCGAGUGCAGGCAUCAUCCUCAGUGACCAAAGCCUGGUGCUUCAAGUUGUGAACAGGUCGGCUGCUGGCGACUACAGCUGCCUCGCUUCCAACAGCGAGGGUAGCGCCACCAGCAACCCCGUGUCUCUUCAGAUACGAUAUGUGCCCCUCUGCAAAAUGGGCAACGAGGGCGAAGUCUUCGGAGCCCUAAAGCAAGAGACGGUGCAGCUGUCCUGCGAGGUGGACUCCAGUCCACCGCCCACAGCAUUCAGCUGGACCUUCAACAGCUCGGGAGAACAGAUCCAAAUACCUGCCAAAUACUACACAGCCUCUGGCUACUCCUCUACCUUGAGGUACACGCCGUCAUCCAACAUGGACUUCGGGACCAUCUCCUGCGCAGCCAGUAACUCCGUCGGGAAGCAGGAAGCGCCGUGCGUGUACAAGCUCGUUGCUGCUGGUCACCCGAUGUCGCUGCAGAACUGCUCGGUGCUGAACCACAGCUUCGCUGGACUACACGUGGACUGCAUUGAGGGCUUCGACGGUGGUCUACCUCAAGUGUUUUACAUGGAGGUCUAUGAGCUGCCUUCGAUGAUUGUCCGAGCCAACGUGUCUUCGAACUCCACGCCGACCUUCGAAGUGCCGGGCCUGGACAGCUAUUCGAGCUACGCGCUUGUUCUGUACGCGGCCAAUGCGAAGGGCAGGGGAGAGGCGACUUCGCUGUACACUGUCGCUUUAAGGUCCCCUGAUAAAUACACUGGAGUCAGCACGUCCAUUCCUCUGUCUCCAAUGCUAGUAUCACUGCUAGCAGUGAUUGCGCUGCUUUGUACCGGCGUCUGCGGAGUCAUUACUGCGCUGUACCGGCGGCAUAGUGCUCGAAGACUAGAUCGAGUGAAGCAACCGCCUUCUUCGGCUCUAUACAUAGAGCAGAGCGUGGACUCGCUCUCCAAACAGGACCACAUGAACACGUACUGCGGAUCUCCAAAGCUGGACUACUGCAGCCAGUACGAGCUGAAGAUGGACGGGGAGAUAGAGGAGACCGAUCCUGACAUCAUACCCUGUAAUUACGAUAAGAAGUCGAUUAGCGGGUUCAGCAAGCUGCCCACGCCGGGCACCGACACCGACACCAGCCGCGUGUUCAGCGAGCGCUCGGCCGGCUUCCCUGCCAGCACUUCGUCAUCCAGCAUAUCGGUGGUGAACCGCGGCGUGUGCGCGCGCGGCGCUGACAUCACCGCCGCGCGCCAUCUGGCGGCGAAUGUGCGCGAGAGUUGUAUAUAGACCGGUAGAUAUCUAAAUAAAUAAACUGCUGUGCUAUUCUUAUUUUAUAAUUUUGA